AAACAACAGUUUUAAAACUGUUGUUAGUGAGACAACAUCAAUAAUUUCUCGAAAAUCGGAUUGAAAUUCUUAAAAGUGUAAAUAAUGUGGCUUUUUAGCGGUUUUGUUCUGUUUGUGUGUAUUUUAAUAUGGGAUUAUCUAAGCAAAAGAAGACGUUAUCGGAUUUUUAGCGAAUCUCGUAUACCGGGUCCGUCCUUUACUUUGCCAAUAAUAGGAGAUGUAAUCGUGACCAUAGGAAAUGAUACAUUAAAUGUCUUUGCCCUAUUGCAACGUCUUGGUGCCCAAUUCGGUAAAGUAUUUCGCAUAUGGAUAUUUCAUCGCGUCUUAGUUAUAGUCAAGGAUCCCAAAUAUUUUGAAGUAAUUCUAAGCAGUCAACAUUUGAUUAAGAAACCUUUCAUAUACGAUAUGCUAUCCUGUUGGCUAGGCGAUGGUUUACUCUUAAGUUACGGUCGCAAAUGGCAUGCUCGACGUAAAAUUCUAACACCAACAUAUCAUUUUAAGAUUUUGGAAAACUUCGUUGAAGUUUACGAUCGUCAAAGCAAAGUUUUAGUUAAGAAAUUGCAGACGAAAGCAGAUGGUAAAACAACAUUUGAUAUAUUCCCAGUAAUAUGUUUAACGGCACUGGAUAUUAUUGCCGAAACGGCUAUGGGAGUAAAAAUUAAUGCUCAAGAUAAUCCACAUUUUCCAUAUGCAAGUGCGGUGAAAGAGGCCACAAAUAUACUUGCAACGCGUACCGUAAGACCUCUACUCUAUUAUGACAUCACCUUUUUAUUGACAGAAUUUCGCUUAUAUCUAAAGCUAAGGAAAAGUAUAAAAAUAAUGCACGAUUUUACCAAUAAAGUCAUAAAUGAACGUAGAGCAACUAUGAUCUACGAAAAACAAAAUAAAGAAGUUCCAAUUCGUGAUUUGGCUGAAGGUCAAAAGAAACGUUUAGCCUUUCUCGAUGUUCUACUAGAGGCCACUAUAGAUGGCAAACCCUUGUCACAAGAGGAUAUACGUGAAGAAGUUGAUACCUUCAUGUUUGAGGGUCAUGACACCACUACUAGUGGUAUAUCAUUUUGUUUAUAUCUCCUCUCACGUCAUGCCUCCAUACAGCAGAAAGUAUUUAAGGAAAUUUUGGAGGUUUUGGGUCCAGAUAAAUAUAAAUCCAUUACCAUGAGAGAUUUACAUAAUCUUAAAUAUUUAGAAGCUGUUAUUAAAGAAAGUUUGCGUUUGUAUCCUUCAGUGCCCAUAAUAGGACGUCAAACUGUGGAGGACAUACAAAUCGGCAAUCAAAUCAUUCCCGCCAAUUGUACUAUUGGUAUGCUCGUUUAUGCUGCCGGUCGUGAUCCCGAUUAUUUCAAACAACCUAAUGAAUUUAAUCCCGAACGUUUUUACAGUGAAUCACCCGAUACCAUUAACUCGUUUGCCUAUGUUCCUUUCUCGGCUGGACCGCGUAAUUGUAUUGGACAAAAAUUUGCAAUGCUCGAAAUGAAGAGUACCAUUAGUCGUGUAUUGCGUCAUUUUGAACUUUUACCUUCCGGCGAGGAUGUUGUACAAGUUUUAAGUUUAAUUUUACGUUCUGUAAAUGGGGUGCAAUUAGCUUUAAGGCCACGUAAAGAUUGACAAUAAAAUAAAUUUAUUUUUUAUAAAUUUAUUUUUAAUGGAA